CUCUAACCUGCUUUCUAAAUACUAAAAGUCUGUGUUUAUCGUUUGACGUGAGCUGUAGGUUUCACUUCUUGAGUCUUCGGUUUAGAAUUUUACGUUCGUUCUUCAAUUUCUAGACUUGAUCAUAUUUCGCAUUAGUUCCUCCUCUUAAACAUCAUGCAGAUUUUUGUCAAGACCUUAACAGGGAAAACCAUCACCCUCGAAGUUGAGGCUUCAGACACAAUUGAGAAUGUGAAGGCAAAAAUCCAGGACAAGGAAGGCAUUCCCCCUGACCAACAGCGUUUGAUCUUCGCCGGCAAACAGUUAGAAGAUGGAAGAACUCUCUCCGACUACAACAUCCAAAAAGAGUCUACCCUUCACUUGGUCCUGAGAUUGAGAGGAGGUAUGCAAAUUUUUGUGAAGACGCUGACUGGCAAAACAAUUACCCUGGAAGUUGAAGCAUCAGACACAAUUGAGAAUGUUAAGGCAAAAAUCCAGGACAAGGAAGGAAUUCCCCCUGACCAACAGCGUUUGAUCUUCGCCGGAAAGCAGUUAGAAGAUGGAAGAACUCUCUCCGACUACAACAUCCAGAAAGAGUCUACACUUCACUUGGUCCUGAGAUUGAGAGGAGGUAUGCAGAUCUUUGUCAAAACCCUAACAGGCAAAACCAUCACUCUAGAAGUUGAAGCCUCAGACACUAUUGAAAACGUGAAAGCCAAAAUCCAGGACAAGGAAGGCAUUCCCCCAGACCAACAGCGUUUGAUCUUUGCUGGCAAGCAGUUGGAAGAUGGAAGAACUCUGUCCGACUACAACAUCCAAAAAGAAUCGACCCUCCAUCUUGUCCUCCGUCUUCGGGGAGGUUGUUAAGAGCAAAAAAAUUUUCCAAUUUCUUGAUUACACAAAAACGUUUACUUUAAUACAGCACAGAAAGAAAAAGAUGUUGCAAAAAUUGUAAUGAAAUUUUGUAAUUUUAAAUUUUUCUUUUAGAAAUAGC